AUGGCCUCAACAACGUACGCCAAAGACCAGCCUCGGGGAUUUACCAAUCGCAUUGAGAGAGUCGCCAUCGUCGGUGCUGGAGGCCGUCAAGGCGCGCAUAUGACGGAGCAACUUCUCAAGACAGGCCGACACACGGUCACUGCCUUGACCCGCGCCAGCAGCGAGACAAAACUCCCACCCAGUGUUCAAGUUGCGACAGUGGACUAUGACGACGAGGACUCUAUCAGCACUGCUCUUGCGGGGCAACAGGCUCUCGUCAUCACUCUCGCCCAUGGUGUUGACAUCGAAGUCCACCAUCAUAUCGUCAGGGCUGCAGGUAAAGCAGGCGUGCCGUACAUCGUGCCAAACAUCUACGCAGCGAAUAUUGUCGUCAACAACCAAGGAUUGGUCGACGACUUUUUCCCCGCCGCGCCUCUGAGGUCACUGUUGACUGAGAUAGAGCGCGUUGGAGUUAGCUCCUGGACUGUUCUUGUUGGCAGUGUCUGGUUCGACUACAGCUUUCCAGCCGGGCCAAACUUUCUUGGGUUUGACAUCAAGGGCCGCCAGGUCACCUUUUUCGACCAGGGAACGGCCAAGAUCAACACGACAACAUGGGCUCAAUACGGUCGCUCUCUUGCGGCAUUGUUGAGUCUCAAGCAGCUACCGGAUGACGAAAACGACACCUCGCCCACUGUGUCUCGGUUUAGAAACCAGUCGCUCUACGUCUCCAGCUUCUUCGUCAGCCAGCGCGAUAUCUUCAACACCCUUCAGGUUGCCGCGGGCACAAGAGAUGCCGAUUGGACUAUUGCGUAUGAGACUACCAAGGACCGCAUGGCUGACGGAAAGACAAUUGCUGCGGCUGGUGACUUCAGGGGACUUGUCAAGACGUACUACUCGUUUUUAUUGUCGUCAGAGGGGCAAAAGUUGAAUUACGAAGAUAAACUGCAAAAUGAAUUGCUUGGAUUGCCAAAGGAAGACUUGGUCCAAGUUGUCCAAGAGUGUGUAACGAAGGCCGAAAAUGGCUACGACCCCUUUCAGUAG